GAGAAACAAGCGAGAGAAAACAAACAAUGGAUGCUUUCUGUCAUCGUCAUUCAAUGCUUUACCGAACUCAUCACCACCCUUUUCUCUUCCAAUUUCCCUCCUUUACCACCAUUCCUCCUCUUCCUUCAUCUUAUCUACAGGAAAUGGAGUGCGUCGAAGCAGCUUUGAAGAGCAGUUUUAGGAAGGAGAUGGGUAUGAAAUCAAUUCCCCAAGCGUUUUUGGACGAUGUUUUGGCUGUAAAUAAUGGACAAAAUGGAGUUUCUUGUGAUGAUUUCUCUGUUGACGACCUUUUCGACUUCACUAACGAAGAGGGUCUCCUUGAACAAGUACCUGAAGAAGGAGGAGAAGGAGUGUCAGUUUCUUCUUGUUGUUGUUCCAGUAAGAAACAAAAGCUAAGCCAAGAGCAACAUUUUUCUGACGAAACUAUCAAUUUUGAUUACACUUCUUUAUCCACCGACGAGCUCGCCGUUCCGGCGGAUGACGUGGCGAGCCUUGAGUGGCUAUCUCAUUUCGUUGACGAUUCCUUCUCGGAACAAUCUGCGGAGGCGUUUCCCACCGGAACGUUAACGGAAAAGCCCAAGUUACCAGGCAGUAAAUUGCCUGAACCAGAAGCACCAGUUACGACCUGUUUUAAAACUCCGGUUCCGGUCAAAACCAGAAGCAAGCGCAGUCGAAGUGGCGGUCGGGUUUGGUCUCUUGUGGCUUCCCCUCGUACGGAUUCCCCUUCAAGUUCCACUUCGUCAUCUUCCUCUAGCCCUUGGUUCGUUUACUCAAGCAGCGUCCCCGGUUCAGCCUAUGAACCGUCGGAAUCGCUCUCGGUUGAGAAAAAGCAAAAGAAGAGACCGGCGACCGAGUCAAGCGUUGGGAACGUGAACCAGGCAACGCGUAGGUGCGGUCACUGUGGAGUUACAAAGACGCCACAAUGGAGAGCCGGUCCAAUGGGAGCCAAGACUUUGUGUAACGCUUGCGGUGUCAGGUUCAAGUCGGGCAGGCUGUUACCCGAGUAUAGACCGGCUUGUAGCCCGACAUUUUCGAGCGAGCUACACUCAAACCAUCAUCGGAAAGUGCUCGAGAUGCGACGAAAGAAAUAAACUUCGGGCCUGGCCGAACCCGGUUUAGCUCCAACUUCUGUUCCCAGUUUUGGAUAACAUUAGUUCGGGUUGUACUUGUACAUCAACUGCACUAGGGUUUAGGGACGUAACUCAUUUAGAUUUUAGGUAGGAAUUUAAAUUUUGAACUUUUAUCUUUUUUUUAAUAUAAUUUUCCCAUUCUUUUACCCUAAAGUCAUUUUAAAUUUAAA